AUGAUCAUGGCAUCUUUCCCUUCUAAAAAUCGUUUGAAAUUAAUAAUACCCCCAGCUCCAAAAGGUGGGAAGAUACUAAAAACAUGUACAAGAUGUCGACAACACAAGACUAAAUGUGACGCCCUUGAAACCAACCCACUACCAUGUUCACAUUGUUUUAAAAAGAACCUAAAUUGUACAUUGGAGACCAUCACCAAAACUGGUGGUAGAACAAAAUCAUUGGAUAUACUUGAAAAAUUAUCAUAUGAAGUAUCUGAUUUAAAAGAAGUACUAAAUAACGUCAUUACUAGAAGAAAUGAAAUAAUAAAUCUAUUAAUCAAAGUUGGUAAACUGAUAGAACAUGUUAGCACAUCAGUACCAACACUACUAGAUAAUACACAAAUUAGUUAUAAUGGUCACUACGAGGAAGACACUCAUGAUGAAGAUGAAGGCGAAGAAGAAGAAGAGGAAGAGGAAGAGGAGGAAGAAGAAGAACAAAAACAAGAUAAUGUUAAUGAACAUAGUGAAGACGAGGAAAUGCAUGAUAGUGAUGUACUUACACCACCAGUGGCAGAAAUUCAAUCAUGUUUGUCUACCCCUGCAACUACCCCUGAACCUACAUGCCUAGAUAUUGAAUAUACCCUACCCCACAACAGUUCCAAAUUCACCAUACAAUGUAAUAAACAACAUGAUCCAGUUAGUCUAACACACAAACAAGCUAUACUUUUAUUUUCAAAUUAUGAAACAAAUUUCAACCAUUAUUUACCUAUUUUCCCUGAUGAAUUUUUCACUAGUUUGGAUCUUGUUGAAUUUUAUAAAGAGAAUGAAUUAUUAUUUUGGAGUAUAAUCUUGACUUCUUUCUUGAAUAAAAAAGAUGCUUAUAAACAAUAUCGUGAUUUAUCAGAACAUAUAAAAUAUUUGGUUGUUAAAAAAUGUUGGUUAAAUACUCCUAGAUCAGUAUAUGUUAUUUCAUCAUUAUUGAUUUUAACAACUUGGCCAUUACCAAAUUAUAAGAAUAAUAUUGAAGAUAAUUUAUCAAUUAAAUUUAUAUCAACUAUGAAAUCAUUGGCUUAUCAAUUUGGAUUACAUAAAUUGGAAUUUAUCGAUGAAUUUAGUCACAAGACCAAGAUGAAUAUUUCUCGUGAAAUUAAUUUAAAUAAUCUAAUUAGAGAAAGAAUUUAUAAAUUUGUCAAUGUUAUUUCAAAUUAUUGGAUGAUUAAUUUAGGAGUUUCAAAUAAUAAUUAUAAUGGAUUCACUCAAGAUUAUAUCAUUAAUAAAUCAUCAAAUAUCGAUUUUUUCAAAAAUGAUUUGAAAUUAAGUCAAGCAGAUAAAUUCAUCAAUUCCAUGUUGAAAAUAUCAAUAAUUCAAUCUAAACUAAAUGAAAAUCUUAAUAAUUUAAUUAAUAAUUCAAAUGAAUCAAUCUUGAUGCUGACAAAUCAAGUUAAUACUUCAAAAUUCAUUAAUUUUAAAAUGUUUGAAAUUAUAAUUAAUGAUUUAGAGAAAAAUUUCAAUUCAAGAUUUGAUGAUCAUGAAGAUGAUUUAAUUAAUAUUAAUCUUAUUAAAAUUUCAAUUUAUUAUUCAAAAUUACAAUUAUUUAUUAAUGCCAUGGCUAAAUUUGAUAUUACAUUACAAGAAUAUAAAAUUUAUUUAUAUAAAUUGUUGAAUGUUUGUUUUGAAAUUAUCAAUUUAAUUGAAACUAAUAUAAAUGGAAGGAAAUUAUGUCAACAAUUGCCUAUUUUUUAUAAAUUUCCAAUUGAAUUAACAAUUUUAAUUUUAUUAAGAAUUUUUAAAUCUCCAUUAUUAGAAAAUUUACAAGAUUAUCAAUUAAUUAAAAAUGGAUUUAAUAAAAUUUAUAAAUAUUUAUUAUAUGAUGAAAAUUGGGAAUUUAUGAAUUUUAAAAUUGCUAAAAUUGUUGAAAAAUUUAAUAAAUUGGAUAAUUCAUUUAUAUCAUCAAAACAAAAUUCAUUUUUUUUAAUAAGUAGAAUGAAGAAUUAUCUUGUUGGUAGUUUGAAUUAUGAAUUGAUUUGGUUAAUUUAUGAAAACCAACGUGAUGAAAAUAGUCAUAACUUACAUUCAAGUAACUUUACAACAACGAAUCAAAGUAUAAUUGAUUAUAUGAAAACUAAUGAAUCCAUAUUUUUAUAG